CUGUAUUCAUUCUAUUUCGUCUGGCCUUGCAGGUUAACCCAGACAUUGUGAAACAUAGUGAGAAUCAAAAUUUUGUUUUCUAAAUCAUAACUUGCCUUUUGUUGGUAGCAGUCAAGAGGGCAAAAAGAAGAAAUAGAAGGUAUCCAGCGUCUAUGACACUUCAGGAAAUAAAUCACAAUAAAGACAUUCUGCCUUUAUCAAGUUUCCCAGCCCGUGUUUUUUGUUCCCAUCAUCAGUUCAGUGUGCGGUUUUGCUUCUGAAGGUCCGGAUUUUGCAAUGAGAUCUGGAUUUGAUGGAUCACCAGUACCAGUGUGUAUCGAUAUUCAGAUUGAAAGCAUUCCCUGAGAGUCUUUCAGAAGUUGAUGUGAGUCCAAUUCUCCCUACCUGUAAAUCAGGAGCUGAAGCAGGAGCUUGCUGUAAACCUGGUGUCUAGAAUAAGGACCAUGCCCAAGAAAGGGAAGCAAGCUGAUGUGACAAAAGAAGAACAUAAUCUUUAUAAGCGAAUGAAGGUGGAUGCAGUUUGUGCUGUUUCAUCUUUGAACUUUGACAGCCCUGAAGGUCUGUUUGAAAGCUUGAUCUCACCCAUAGGGACUAAGGAGUUUUUCCAAGAGUACUGGGAGCAGAAGCCUCUUCUCAUUCAGAGAGAUGACCCCUCGAUCGCUGCCUACUACCAGUCCUUGUUCCGGCUAAUGGAUCUGAAAGGUCUCUGCAGCCGGGGCAUGUUCUAUGGAAGAGAUGUUAAUGUCUGCCGGUGUGUGAAUGGGAAGAAGAAAGUAUUAAAUAAAGGGGGCAAAGUGAACUAUCUUCUACUGAGAAAAGAUUUUGAUCAGAAAAGGGCUACAAUCCAAUUUCAUCAACCCCAGAGAUUUAAGGAUGAACUUUGGAGGAUCCAGGAGAAGCUGGAGUGUUAUUUUGGUUCUUUAGUCGGAUCCAAUGUGUAUAUAACGCCGCCGGGAUCCCAGGGACUACCCCCUCAUUAUGAUGAUGUGGAGGUAUUUAUCCUGCAGCUGGAGGGAGAGAAGCACUGGCGCCUCUACCAGCCCACCGUCCACCUUGCUCGAGAGUACAAUGUUGAACCCGAGGAUAAGAUUGGGAGUCCAACACAUGAAUUUACAUUAAAGCCAGGGGAUUUGUUAUACUUUCCCAGAGGGACUAUUCACCAAGCUGACACUCCUCCAGGGGUAGCCCAUUCUACUCACGUGACCAUCAGCACCUACCAAAACAAUUCCUGGGGAGAUUUUCUUUUAGAUAUCAUUCCAGGACUUGUAUUUGAAACGGCAAAGGAAGAAGUGGAAUUAAGGAUGGGCAUUCCGAGGCAACAACUUAUGCAGGUGGAGGCAGCAGCUGUCUCAACAACGAAAUUGUGUGGCUUCUUGAGGACUCUUGCUGACCAACUAGAGAGCACCAGAGAACUGAGAUCAUCAGAUAUGAAGAAGGAUUUUAUUAUGAACAGAUUGCCCCCAUAUCCUUUGGCAGGGGGGUUUGACCUUUCAACUCCAGUUGGGGAGUUACCAAAAUUAGACAGUAAAGUGAAAUUGCAGUUUAAAGACAAGAUUAUCAUUACAGUGGAACAAGAUCAAAACAGAUCUGAUGGGAUUGAAGAAAAGAUGGUAUAUAUCUACCACUCUUUAAAGAACAGGAGGGAGACACACAUGAUGGGAAACGAAGAAGAAACAGAGACUCAUGGGCUUCGCUUUCCUUUAUCCCACAUGGAUGCAUUAAAACAAAUUUGGAGCAGUGGAGUCAUUGGCGUUAAAGAACUGAAACUUAAUACAGAUGCAGAAAAAGAAAACCUGGUGGUAUCCCUCUGGACUGAGUGUCUGAUUGAAGUUGUCUAGGUCUUUUUGGUGGAACGGUAAAAUGAUUUCUUCUCCCUUUCUUAUGGGUAAAAUAUUGUCUGUUGUUUUUUGCUGUCAAGACUUCCUUGGGACCAGAGCUCACUUCUGUGCUCAACCGUUUUUCUGUUGCCUGAGAGAAGCAAUGUACAACAUCUGUGAUAACCUUGAGAGAGUUACAGUAAAAUAAACAAACUUCUCUCCA